GCCGCUGAGCUAGUUGGCCACGUGGUGCAGGCCCCACUGCAGGAUAGCGUGACUUGCGAUGACUCCCAUCAAGCUGCUGGUGCAGCCUACCCAGAGUCUGGAAGGCCGAACGUACGCAGAGUACGAAUCUGUGAACGAAUGCAUGAAAGGCAUCUGUAAGAUGUACGAGGAGCACCUGAAGCGGAUGAACCCCCUUAGCCGGUCCAUCACUUACGGCAUCAGUCAGUUGUUUGAGUUUAUCGACCGUCUGGUGGACCUCAGCUGCCUGGUGUUCCGAGAAGAUACCCAGACCUACAAGCCUUACAACCGAGAGUGGAUCAAAGAGAGGAUCUACACGCUCCUCAGUCAGCAGGCACAACCAGCCGGGACAUAGUCAUCUGGAGGAUUCCGGGACUGGGGCUGACCUGGACCACAGGGAACAUUCAUGAUCAAGGAGGCAAGAGUAAGCUGUAGCGACGAGCCAUUUCCCAUGGAAGGCUACACCUAACCUGUGAAUUAUUUUUCUUCACAUGAGCUUUGAGAAUAUAUGUCCUUGAAAUUUGUAUUGUCACCUACUAAUAAAAUUCAAAACAAACCAUA